AUGGGCGCCUUCAGCUCGAUCACAUCGCCCCUGGGCUGCGGCAGCCCCCUGUUCAACACUUUCAUCAACAGCGUGGCCUGGUCGGCCGGCGACAUUGCUCCAGGCCAGACGGUCUCGGUGCCCUUCCCUGGGUUUACGGCGGCGGCAGUCCCUGGGCUGACCGACAUCUGGGUCGCCAUCAACUACCUUUGCGGUGUUGUGGAGCCGACUAUUGCCAACAACCAGAAACUGCUGUCCUUCACCGUCUAG